AUGGCGACCUCUCUCAAGAAGAGAAAUGCGAAACGAAACAAGUAUGUGGUAAACUUUGUACCUUCCUCCAGCCUUAAUCGGAGAUUGUUAGUGUUCCUUCUGACUGCUGUUGCUAUGGUAACUCUAGCUGUCCUCCUUGCCACAUUAAUUCCAAUUUAUAUGACGGGCAGUGGAGAUGAUAAAAACAACGAACACGUUUUAGAGGGACAAGAAGGUGAUAACUCCCUCGCCAACAGCAGGUCAAGAUCAGCAGUGAUUGGUCUUUCGACAACUCAGCAACAUCAUUGGUCAGGAUCAAGCGUAAACAUACGCCUUUCUGCCACACCAGCGGCGACCUCUUUUGGUCGAGGUGCAAUUUCAUCGGUAGUGAAGGCGGCACUAUCUACAAGGAUAACAAGUUCGAGUUUCAUCAAGGAACCAAGCGUGAUUUCCUUCUCCAGUAUGAACAGUGGCGAUUUUAUGAUUAGCACCGCAUCAAAAACUGCGUCAGCCGUGUCAAAACUUGCAAGCCUUGUGCCAAACACAGAAACCAAAUGGUCUCGAUGGAGUCCUUGGAGUGACUGCACUAAAACAUGCGGUACUGGAGCUCGACAUCGAAAUAGGACAUGUGUUGCACAAAAUCAGGGUGCAGUUUUCGCUCCCAUUGCUUGUGCUGGGAAACACAUACAGAACAAGACGUGUGCGGAAUGGAACUGUACAGAUUGCAACAGGACGUGCGUCAAAGGAACGCUUAACGAUGAAUGCAGUGCUUAUACAUGUGAUGAUCACGUGCUCACUGGUCGAGUUCUUAGUGAGACGAAUGUUCCUUUGUCGGAAGCCAACAUUUCAUUGGCGGAGACACCAUACAGAGUUUUGGCUCAAACAAAUAUCAGUGGCUUUUUUACAGCUUUCAAUGUCUGUACAGACGCUGAGCAAGAGCUGUUCAUAACAAAAGCUGGUUUCGUUCCUACGAAGAAGAAUGCCACUGUGCUGACGCCUUCGACUGCUAAUGUUGUUGCCAGGCUAGAGUUUGCUGUUCCUCCAUUUGUGACAGUCCACCCAGAUAGUAAGAUUCGGAUGCCUGGCCAGAGUGUAACAUUUUGUUGUGAAGGCGAAGGAAACCCUCCACCAGAAAUUGAAUGGUUCAAAGAGAAUAAUAUCAUUGAUAAAGACCUGUACAGUUAUGACAACACUCUUGUAAUCCCCACUGUACCGAGUGGUCUUAGUGGAACGUACCGCUGUAGGGUGGUAAACGACUUUGGAUCAGAAUUUUCCGACAGAGCCGUCUUAACGGUAUUAGAUAUUUGCCAUCAAUUAAAGGCUAUUCACAACACCACGAAAUAUGCAUCUUACUGA